UCCAUCUUUAAGUAGCAGUCUCAUUAUACCUGUACAGGCAUAACUACACCGAAUUAAAUAGUUAAACUCUCUACCUGAAGGCAUCAUUUUAAAGUGAUGGCGAGUGUCAUGAAUCUGAUCAUAACCAUAAAUACAACCAAACCUAAACAGAGAUCGCCUAAUAAACUCGUUUAUCAAGGCCUUAACUCAAACAGUUUCUCGCAAUCAAAAUCACCAAGAAAAGUUAUCCCUUAUUAUUCUACACGGUCUAUCUCUUCGGCCCAUAACACUAAAAUAACAUUUGAUUUUAAGUCGUAUAUGCUCGAAAAAUCCAAUAAAGUUAACAAAGCCCUAGACGCCGCUGUUUCACUCCAAGACCCUAUCAAAAUUCAAGAGUCAAUGCGUUACUCCCUCCUUGCAGGUGGCAAGCGUAUCCGUCCCAUUCUCAGUAUCGCUGCCUGCGAGCUUUUUGGAGGGCAUGAGUCCACAGCCAUGCCCGUGGCUUGUGCUGCCGAGAUGAUCCACACUAUGUCCCUCAUGCAUGAUGAUCUACCUUGUAUGGACAACGAUGAUCUCCGACGUGGCAAGCCUACUAACCACAAAGUUUAUGGUGAAAAUGUUGCUGUUCUGGCUGGAGACGCUAUGUUAGCCCUUGCUUUCCACCAUAUAGCUACUGAGACCAAAGGAGUAUCUUCGGAUCAAGUCGUUAGAGUAAUUGUUGAGCUGGCCAAGGCAAUAGGAGCAGAAGGGUUAAUUGCAGGACAGAUUGUAGAUGAAUGUUCUGAAGGUAAUUCUAAUCUCGGCUUAAAAAAUUUGGAGUUUAUACAUCGUAGCAAAACGGCGGCAUUACUGGAAGGGUCAGUUGUUAUGGGGGCAAUAUUAGGAGGUGGAAAUGAUGAACAAGUUGAGAAAGUAAGAAACUAUGCUAGGUGCAUUGGGCUGUUGUUUCAAGUAGUUGAUGAUCUUCUUGAUGUCACAAAGUCUUCCAAAGAGUUGGGAAAAACGGCUGGGAAAGAUUUGGUGGCGGAUAAGACAACAUAUCCUAAACUUAUUGGGAUUGAGAAAUCAAAGGAGUUUGCUGAUAAGUUGACAAAGGAAGCUAUAGAUCAGCUUGUGGGAUUUGAUUUAAACAAAGCUGCACCUUUGACUGCUAUUGCCAAUUAUAUUGCAUAUCGAAAUAACUGAAACGUGUUCUUUGAUCAAUAUCAGAACUGCGCGCCUUUGUUGUUCUAGGCUUGCAAGUUCAAAUAAGCGUGGUUAUACUUUUUAGUUUUUAGUCCAUAACUAGUUGGACAAAUUUUAAUCCAUAAUCUGUGUCUUUACUGCC